CAGGAAGUCAACAACGAAAACCAAGAAUAGCUGUAUUUUCUCACAAUGAAGCCAAUGCAGCCAGUUAUUUUCAUCAUCCGGAACAAGGUGCUUUGGAUGCAGCUACGAUUGUAGAUAUUCAAUUAGAAUGGAAUCGACAUUUGGUUACAACCGGAUUGAAAAUGAGUGAUGAUAUCAAAGCAGCUGUAGAUCAGAAUGUGGACGGUAUUAUUCUUAGUAUUCCCGAUAACACUGUAUUCGAGGCUGCCCAGUAUGCUUUGGAAAGAAAUGUACCUAUGCUUGUAUUCAAUGUGGGUCAAGAUUAUGCUAGUCAAUUAGGAUUAACUCGAGUGCUUCAAGAUAAUAUAAAAGGUGGUGAAAUGCUGGGAAAGGAACUUUUUCAACGUGGAUACACUCGUCCAUUGGUCAUUCAAUUCUCUCAAGCCAAUGAUACUGCAUGCAAAGAACGUGUAACAGGUAUUCAGUCUGUUAUGAUUGAUUGGACUUCUUCACCUGUCAUCUUCAAGGAUAAUAGUACUUUGAACCCUGCUUCCGAAAUUACUCGACUUUUUAAUCAAGGUGAUUACGAUUCUAUCAUUUCUCUCAGUGGCGCUAAUGCUGUGGAUAUCGUGACAGAUGCAGUAUUGAAUAUGUUGGAUGUCAAUAAUAGUACUCGUAUUGGUGUAGGUUUCUUUGAUCUUGGUGGCUCCAAUAUGACAAGUCUUUUUCAGAGACAUAAGGAUGUGUUCGGUAUCUCUCAUUUACCCUACUAUGAAAUUGCAUUGCCUGUAUUUUAUUUAUAUCUGAAGAUUUUGACAGGAAAAGAUGUAUACUACAACAAAACUAUUAGUACUGGACCUACAUUAGUAACUAAUUCUACAUUGGCUGGUAUUCUGGAAAAUGAACAAACAACAAUGAUCCCUUUGAAUGAUCAAACAGGUUAUGUGGGUGUAUCUGUACCUAAUAUAGCUGGGGAUACAUACAAUUCUGCUGUCAUGAGAGGUGCGUAUGAUUUAGCUCAUAAAUUGAACUGGACUCUUUUGAAUGCAUUUGAUCAACCAUCAGGUAGUGAACGCGAUAGUCAAGUCAGAACUCAAAUCUCUUCUUAUGCAAAACGAGGUGUUAGCGGCAUCAUAUUGGAAUCUAGUGAUGAAUCGAUUGAACAAUAUACCAACAAAAGUCAGGUCACUUUAGUCCAAAUAGGUUCCUUUUUUGAAGAAGUCAAAUCAAAAGUUCCCAAUGUCGCCAUUAAUCUUGCCGAUCUUUCUCAGUCCAUAGCAAAUACCAUGAUAGAAGAUAAUAUCAAGGCACCAGUAUGUUUGGCUGAACAGACUUAUAUGGAUAUCACGUCUUUUUGUCAACACUUUUAUGAAGCAUAUCGAACUCACUUCACAACUGGUAGCGACAGUUUCCAUAUUCCUCAGGCUCAUCAUGUUAUACACUAUAUUAAUAUUUCUACAGGCGACGCCACGGACAAACAAUUCCAAAAUAUAAUGACAGCUUUGGCAUCCAUGCAUUACGAACCCGACGCUAUUGUUACCUUCUCAGAUCAUAUCUUUGAUAUCAUCAAUGCCCGAAUUCUCAAAGGUUAUUUGAAAAAAGAUACGGUGGUCUAUACUUCAAGUGAUCUCUUUGAUCAAGUUCAGGCAUUUGUUAGUGGCAGAAUACGACGAUUUUGGUAUCUCAAUCUGUUUGCAUUGGGCUUCUUAUCUCUUCUAAAUAUCUUGUUAAUCAACACUAUUUCUUAUCAGCCUUGGAUGCACACUCAACUCGCAACACCAUUAGUGAAUGAUAUUUGUCCUCUUGGUACAUUUUACAGUCAAAUAUCUCCUGAUUACUUUUGUAUGGAUAGCAAUCAGCGUACUCGGCUCUCAAUCCAAUGUUCUCCUUGUCCUGAAAACACAUAUACAGAUCAAUACAAUCAACGUGUUUGUACACCCUGUGGAUAUGGUACUUACUCACUUUCUGGUUCGACAUCAUGCACUCAAUGUGAACAAGGUAAUUCAAAUUCUCUCUGUCAAGCAUUUGAAGCAGAUCAAAGUGAAGCACAACGACGUACUUUGGUUGCAAUCUUGGUCCCAGUUAUCGUUCUUUUGUCUAUUGGUCUAUGUGGUUUUAUUGUAUGGCGUGGACGCAAAUUCCUUUUACGACGACAACGUUUACGAGAUGAAACCUGGCUACUUUCUUUUGAUGAACUUAUGAAUGAAAAGAUCAAGCAACUCUCACCCAACGAAGAAGAAGAUCGACGGACAACGGGGUCUACGGAUGAUCAUGAUGAAUUCAGCAUACCGGAAAAAAUGGAUGACACUAGCAGCAAAGAAGAAGGCGACGAGGAGGACAGUAUUGGUGUCAUUAAAAAGCAAAAUCCCCAGCCACAGAGACAAUAUCCAAUAGAAGAACAAAAGGAAAUGGCUAUAUCCAAGGUCAAGUUUAACAACAGUCUAUCGUCAGCUGAACCAAAAUGCACUUCAGUCUUGGUUGAAUUAUCUGAUCUAGACUCCCAGCGUGCCAAAUCAUUAACGAAGAAAGUUGGAUCCCAAAAGUAUUUUACUUCGUUGCCAAAAAGCGGAUGUUCAGAUUUGAUAUAUACCAAGUGUUACAGACAUAAUCUCCCCGUGUUCGUCAAACAAAUUGGAUCUAAAAGAGUACGCGUAGAUGAAGUUGUACGGACUGAAGCUGCCUUAAUGAAGGAAACUCGACAUCAAAAUUUGGUGGAAUUUGUUGGACUGAUUCUUGAACCUUAUCGUACUUUUAUUGUUGAAGAGUACUGUGCAAAAGGAUCAUUGGCAGAUGUUCUAGCUGAUCCUGACAUUGAUUUAACAUGGAUAUUCCGAUUCUCUCUUAUCAAUGAUCUUAUUCAAGGAAUGGCAUUCAUACAUCGAUCGAAAUUCGCUGUCCAUGGCUGUUUAACCUCAAGUGCGUGUUUCAUAUCAAGUAAAUGGGAAUUGAAGAUCUCUAACUAUGGUCUCCAUAAAUUGCGCCGUUCUCAGGUCGAUUCGGUAUUGCUCCCAUCCGUCCGCAACAAUUAUUUGGAAGUGGCAGGUCAAAGGAAUGAAAUCAUUAACAAUUUGGAGGAUUUGAAUGUUGUACAAUUUAAUCGCACUCUUCUUUGGUUGGCUCCUGAAUCUGUUUAUCGCACUCCAUUGGGAAUUUAUUUGACCAACCCAAGCAAAUCUGCUGAUGUAUAUAGUGCUGGCAUUAUCAUGAACGAAAUUAUCACACGUGAAUUACCCUAUCAAGCGCUAUUGGACGAUGGAUUAACAGCAGAGAAUAUCUUCAACAUGCAACACUCUGGUCCCUCUUGUCUCGUACUAUCGAAAAAAGACGAUUAUGCGGAGAAAUUCAACUCAAUCAUCCUGGACUGUCUUCGUCGAGAUUCCUCUGGAAGACCUAGUUUUGCCACGAUUGGGAAUCGAGUCAAGACAAUUGAUCCUAACUUGUUUCGAUCAGAUAGUGUUGUAGAUAAUAUGGCCAUUCUUUUGGAGAAGUAUGCAAACAACAUGGAAAAGCUUGUACGAAAACGAACUGAAAACUUAGUACUACGAACAAAGGAAUUGGAGGCUGAACGCUUACGAACUCAGAAUUUGUUAAAAGAUCUUUCUGCGGCAAAAGAGGUAGCAGAAAUUGCUGCUGCUUCCAAGCAAAACUUUUUGGCAAAUAUGUCUCAUGAAAUCCGAACUCCAAUGAAUGCUGUUAUUGGUAUGUCUAGAAUGCUAAUGGAAAGCGAUCUUGAACCCCACCUUUAUGAAUGCGCGGAAACUAUAGAAUCAUCUGGUAAAUAUAUAAGAAAAUUGAAUUAACCCAUCGACAAUAUGGUAUAUUUUAUAUGAAUGGUUCUAUUUUAUCUUAGGAAACCAUCUUGUCGCUUUGAUUGAUGAUAUU